AUGUCACUCGCAGACUCCAAGUUCCCUUCCUCAGCCGCCUUCGACGACAUAAACACCGCUUUCCAAGAUGACGCCGAGCGCAAAGACGCAAUAAAAAAAGGCGGUGCCAUCUUCGCCUUCACACUCAAAAACUCCUCGGGCGCUCAAGAAUCCUGGCACAUUGAUCUCAAAGAGAGCGGCAAAGCUGGCAAAGGAACCGCCCCUGAUGGCAAGAAAUCUGCAGUUACUUUGUCGCUGAGUGAUGCCGAUUUUGGGAAACUGGUCAAGGGAGAGGCGAAUGCGCAAAAGUUGUUCAUGAGUGGGAAGUUGAAGGUCAAGGGUGAUGUUAUGAAGGCUACGAAGAUGGAGCCGAUCUUUAAGAAGAUGCAGACCAAGGCAAAGCUUUAG